CACUGAUUAAUUUCAAAACUGACUAAGUUGGGUUUAGGCACCUAAUUAUACGGUUUUGAGAAAUCUUAGAUAUUAGCAAAAAUCUCAUGAUCUUUUAAUGAAAUUUACCCUAAAUUAUAAUAUCUAGUAAAACGAAAGGAACAGUUCUGUUCCGAAAUUUUGAGCUGAAAUGACUGUUUUUGUGUGAAAAAAGAUAUCGUGAGUUGAACUCAGGAGCUCUCGAGUCACCAACGACACCCGAAACUGCUUGGCCAGUGUCACCGGCGGCAGAAAUCAGCCCCUAUUUCUUCACCGGAGACCUCCCAAAUUUCACUAUCCAGAAAUUUACUGCUCAAUCCACUCACUAGCAUUGGCCUACAUUCUAUACUAUCCCACCUCUAAAGAAGCACAUACUCUAUGGAUUCACAGAGCCAGAACACUUCGUUGCAACGGCUUCAAAAUGUGGAGAAGGAAAUCGUUAGGGUCUUGGAGCUAGCAGGAGGGGUAAUGGAUGAGAUGGCCAACCCAACUGGACCAAGAAAGGAACUCAUCAACAACCACUGCCUCGAGUUCAUGCAAUUGAUCAAGGACAUCCAAGUAACACUGCGUGAUGAAAUCAAAAGUGCUUGUGAAUACCGUCCAUUUGAGAAGUGUGAUUACGGUUCGAGAAUAACUAAUGAGAUCUGUUGCAAGAAACUGGAUUAUGUCAUUUCACAGUUGGAUGGAAUGAAACAAACCAUUGAUGAAUAUCAUAGUGCAGUUUGAAGGUGCAUGAUACAAGAGUAGUUGUAGGUAUGUUGCAGUAUGUGAUUGUAUGCCUCCUUUUUAGGCUUUCUUAUCACACUUCCCAGUGUAUAAUGCUUCAACAGGAAUGUUUCCAAAUCCUAAUUUUAAUAUUUAGUGGUUUAAUGUUCAUUUUACUGGAUUGAUAGAAGGAAAGAGGAAAAUCUGGACUGCAGCUUGUUGGCUUAAAUACAGUAAGAAUAUGCAGAUGAUUCCCUUAAUUUUCAUCAACUUUCUUUUAGGGGAUUGGUGGAGGACAUUAAAUUUGUUCAAGUGAUUGUUCUGUAUUUAUCAGGUUACUUUAGAAGUAUAUAGGAUGGAAAUUUUAAUUUUAAUUUUCUAGAGACAUUUGGUUCAGUAUAACGAUUAUCAGAUCUAAUAUUGCUGUAUUAUGAUGUUCA